UCUCUGACCAAACUCUCCACAGGUUGAAAACUUGCAAAGAAAGUACAUUUAGAGUGUCGAAAGCUUUUCCAAUGCACGCACAUUUGCGUAUAUAUGAUCUUACUGGUCUUUAAUUUCUUGAUCUAUUUACCUACUGUUAAUAUGAGGUUGCCUCAGCAGUUCUUCAUCCUUUCGCUCCUCACAGUUUGGUUGACAUCUUUUGCUUCUGCAACAAAUCUACCGGACGAUGAAGUGCAAGCGCUGAAAGAUAUAGCGAAGACGUUGGGGAAGAAGGAUUGGAAUUUCCAAGUAGAUCCAUGCAGCGGAGGAAAUGGAUGGCUAACUCCAAAUCCUGUUCGUGGCGACGAAAAUAAUGUCACCUGUGUCUGUUCUUUUCUCCACGAUAAUAAUGCCACUGUCUGCCACGUCACUAACAUACUCCUGAAAGGGCAAAAUCUUCAAGGCACGCUCCCUCGUGAACUGGUGAGGUUGCCCUAUCUUCAAGAAAUCGAUCUCUCUCGCAAUUACCUGAACGGCACAAUCCCUAAAGAAUGGGGCUCCUUGAAUCAUCUUGUCAACGUUUCCCUUAUUGGAAAUCGACUAACCGGCCCAAUCCCAGCGGAGAUUGGAAAUCUCAUCAGUCUCAGAAGCAUGGUUUUGGAGUUCAAUCAAUUAUCUGGACACCUACCCCCGGAGCUUGGGAAUGUUUCCCAGAUUCGAAGACUGUAAGGACUCUGUUUGAUUUUCUAUUCAGGUUUCUUACUUCCAACAAUUUUUCUGGGGAAAUACCUGCAACAUUUGCAAGGCUCACUAGAUUGAUAGACUUUCGAAUUGGUGGCAAUCAAUUUUCUGGAAAGAUACCCAGUUUUAUUGGAAGCUGGACGAGUCUAGUAAAACUGGUGAUCCAAGGGAGUGGUUUGAGUGGGCCAAUUCCCUCAGAAAUUUCGUUUCUGCAUGACAUGACUGACUUGAGAAUCAGUGACUUGAAUGGACCUGAUUCCACAUUUCCACAACUUGCUAGGAUGACAGGAUUGAAAACACUGAUAUUAAGGAGUUGCAAUAUCACUGGAACAUUACCUGAAUAUCUUGGAACAAUGACCAGUAUAAAAUCCUUAGACCUCAGCUUUAACAAAUUAACUGGACAAAUUCCAAGCACCUAUGCUGGCUUAAGAAAAGCAGGACACGUAUAUUUAACUGGAAACCUUCUCUCUGGACCAGUGCCUGAGUGGGUAGAACGUUCUGGCUUUGUCAUGUGUUUCAGAGACUACAUUCUGAAUUACAUUUUAUACCUUGUGCAUAGAGAUCUUUCAUACAACAACUUCAGCGUUGGAAAACCAGGACAGCUAACAUGUAAAACGGGCAAUGUGAACCUGUUUUCAAGCACUUCGACAGGAAAUGACUCGGGAACAGUUCCAUGUUUGAGAGGCUUUCACUGUCCUAAAACCUGGUACUCUCUACAUAUUAACUGUGGUGGCCAGCAAUUAACACAGAACGGAGGUACAACAUUUGAAGAAGAUUCAGAUGGAUCAGGAUCAGCAAGAUUUGAUCAGAGUGAGACAAAUUGGAUAAUGAGCAGCACAGGUUACUUCUUGGAUAAAGAACGAAUAGAUUACUAUACCGUGCGAAGUGCAUCUGCACUCUCUAUGACCAAUGCUGAAUUAUACAUGGAUGCACGUGUUUCUCCGCUCUCCGUGAGUUAUUUUGCAUUUUGCAUGGGAAACGGAAACUACACAGUAAAGCUCCAUUUUGCAGAGAUAAUGUUCACAGACGAUAAAACGUAUAGCAGCCUCGGCAGGCGCGUAUUUGAUGUCUACAUUCAGGGAAAGCUGGUGCUGAAGGAUUUCAAUAUUGCAGAAGAAGCGGGAGGAGUUGGUAAGGCAGUCAUCAAAGAAUUCACUGGUAUUGUGACUGGGAAUUCAUUGGAGAUCCGCCUCUAUUGGGCCGGGAAAGGGACAACUGCUAUUCCAUAUAAAUCACUUUAUGGUCCACUUAUAUCAGCUAUAUCUGUGGAUCCUGCAGACUUUAAACCCCCAUCAGAAAAUGGAAGUAGCAUAUCUGGAGGGACGGUGGCUGGCAUUGUGGUCACUGGAGCAGCUAUUGUAAUCCUGGUAUUUGGCGUACUUUGGUGGAGAGGCAGCCUAGGACCCAAAAAUUCAUUGGCAAGAGAGCUAAAGAGUUUAGAUCUGCAAACUGGAAUAUUUACUUUAAGGCAAAUUAAAGCGGCGACAAACAACUUUGAUGUUGCCAAUAAGAUUGGAGAAGGGGGGUUUGGUCCUGUUUACAAGGGUUUUCUGUCAGAUGGCACCGUGAUUGCAGUUAAGCAACUUUCUUCUAAAUCAAAGCAAGGAAACAAGGAAUUUAUAAAUGAGAUAGGCAUGAUUUCUGCCAUGCAACAUCCUUGUCUUGUUAAACUUUAUGGCUGUUGUGUUGAGAGAGAUCAGUUGUUGCUGGUAUAUGAAUACAUGGAUAACAAUAGUCUCGCUCGUGCUUUAUUUGGCCAAGAAGGUGGAUUGCAUUUAGACUGGCCAACAAGAUACAGGAUUUGUAUUGGUAUUGCUAGAGGUUUGGCUUUCCUCCAUGAAGAGUCAAGACUGAAGAUUGUUCAUAGGGACAUUAAAGCCACGAAUGUAUUGCUUGAUAAAGAUCUCAAUCCAAAGAUAUCUGAUUUUGGCUUGGCCAAACUUUAUGAAGAGGACAAUAGCCAUGUCAGCACUAGAAUAGCCGGGACAUAUGGAUAUAUGGCUCCUGAAUAUGCAAUGCAUGGUCAUCUAAGUGACAAGACAGAUGUUUAUAGUUUUGGAAUUGUUGCACUGGAAAUUGUUAGCGGCAGGAGCAACAACAUGAACCAUAGCAUCCAUCUUCUUGAAUGGGCACAUUUCUUAAAGGAAAACGACAAUCUAAUGGAGAUAGUUGAUCCAAAGUUGAAAUCAUCGAAGUAUAUAAAAGCAGAGGCUAUGGUGAUGAUCAAUGUAGCUUUCUUAUGCACAAACGUGACUGCAUCACUCAGGCCCACCAUGUCAUCAGUGGUAAGCAUGCUUGAAGACAGAACUGUUCGGGAGGUGGAUUCAGAUGCAAGUGAGGUAUUGGAUGAGAUGAAGAUGCGGAAGUAUUACCCAAAUAUAGGGAAAAAUAGCAUUUCAGUGGAGGAGGGGUCAUGUGUUGAUUCACCUACAUCAGUUACGGAUCUCUAUCCUGUUCACUUGGAUUCCUCUUACUGGAUGAAAAGAAAUUAGAAUAUUUCUUCUUCUCAUAGCGUUUUAUGUUACCAAUUUACAAUACAAGUAUUAAUCCCUGUAAAAUAUAUUAUCAAGUAUCAACAGAUGCUACUACGGCAUGUUAAAAUCUGACUUGCUAAUUUCUAAUUAAUUCCAAUGUGGCAUUAUAAUCCUUUAA